AUGAAUGCCUAUAAAGCAUCCUCGUUUGCGCUCAGACGAGCAAGCCAAGUUCUAUGCAUUUCCGGGUCAUUGUCGCGGCGUCAAUUUCACAUUUCGAGACGAGCGAAUACGGUCAAACCAUUUCUUCUGGCCGAUAUUGGUGAAGGCAUCACAGAAUGUCAAUUGAUACAAUGGUUCGUUCAACCGGGCGCUCGCGUCGAGCAAUUCGACAAAUUGUGCGAAGUGCAGUCCGACAAAGCCAGUGUUGAGAUCACUAGCCCUUUUGAUGGAGUGAUCAAGCGUUUACAUUACGAGCCAGACGAUAUGGCUAUUACGGGCAAGCCACUCGUUGACUUCGACAUACAAGAAGAUAUAAAUACUGCUGUCGAUGUUGGAUUGGGCGACGAUCACAACGCUUCCAAGGCCCCCGCUGCGAGCAGUCCGACAAAACUCAAGGAUUCCGAUAGUCCCAGAUCUCCACCUGCAGCUACGCAGCGUGAGGCGAGCCAACGAGGACCACUAAACAAUGGUUCAAGACCAAGCAGAGGUGACAUGGGUUCUCUUGCGACGCCUGCAGUGAGACACCUCAUAAAGGAGCUAGACGUGAAAAUAGCGGACAUUAAGGGCUCGGGCAGGGACGGACGUGUACUCAAGGAGGAUGUCCAAAAUCAUGUUGCAAGGCGAUCACAGCAGGUCCCUACGAGCACGAUCGAGCAUACGGAGGUCAGGCCAGAUCGUACUCAGCCACUCACUCCGGUACAGAACGCGAUGUUCAAGGUCAUGACACGAUCUCUGAGUAUUCCGCAUUUCUUGUACAGCUGCUCGGCGGACAUGUCAGCUAUCAGCACUUUGAGAACAAAACUCAACGCGUCGUCGUCAUCAACCUCAGAAGCGAAGAUCACACAUCUGGCCUUCAUCGUCAAGGCGGUGAGCAUUGCAUUCUCACAUCAUGCUUUGCUCAAUGCUUCACUGGAUACUUCCGACCCAAAGAAACCUGUCCUCACUUACCGUGGCUCGCACGACUUUGGCAUCGCGAUAGACACCCCAGCCGGCCUCGUCGUACCUGUCCUACGCAAAGUCCAGAGUCUCAGCAUAGCCGAGAUCGCGCUCGGGAUGCGCAAUCUCUCCGAAGCGGCGCGGAAUAACAAGCUUACACCGACCGACUUUGGUGGUGCCAGCUUUACCUUAUCAAAUAUCGGCUCAGUCGGCGGAGGCGUGGUCGCGCCAGUGAUUUCGGAGCCACAGGUUGCUAUUGUGGGCAUCGGAAGGAGCAGGGUAGUACCAGCAUUUGAUGGGCAGGGCCAAUUGACGAAGCGAGAAGAAUUGGUAUUUAGUUGGUCAGCAGAUCACCGAGUUGUGGACGGGGCAGAAUGUGCAAGGUGUGCGGAGCGGGUUAAGAACUUACUGGAAGAGCCAAGUUUGAUGAUGAUGGAACUGCGAUGA